UCAGUUGCUCACCUGUAUCAGGCACUCAGCUGCUGAGCGCUCGGCUCAGUGCUUUGUGAGUGCUCGACGCCGACGCCGACAAAAAACGACGGCAGCAGAGGCAGCGCAACGCAGCGCAGCGCAAUCAGGUAUUUCUGCGAGGCGCAAACGCGACGUGAGAUCAAAGCGCCAACGACUAGCAACAGGUCCACGUCCUCGCCAAUAGAACAUAAACCAAAGAAAAAGCAAAUUAUUUAAAUCAAUUAAAUUUAUGAAAUAAAUAACAUUAAAAACAACAACACAUUCGCAAUUCGAUUGAUUGGAAGUGAAUGGUGUAGCGAAGCGAGGAUAAAAGAUCGUGUGCCGAGGUGACAAAACAAAUUGUUCAAGUGUUUCAAAAAAUAUCAAAACAUGAGCAUUAUGCAAAUCGAAUAAGUAAAACAGAAGUGCUGCAAAACCAACAAAAAAGCGAAAAAUAAAUUAAAAAUAUAUAGAAUUGCUAGAAAAUGAAGCCACAGCUGAUAAAAUUAUUGUUCAUAGCAUUUGUGUGCGGCAAUGUACAAACGAUCUUUGGCGCCGCCAACGAUAGCACAGUGGACGAGAACUGUCCAACGCUGGCCAAUGCGGACAGCCUACAGUAUACCGAGCUGAUCCAGAGAAUGACGCACGUCUGUCGCUACGAUCGCUUGGAGCGGCCCAUAGAAUACGACAAGAUAACGUCUAAGCGUCUGCCCAUUGUGGUCAAGCUGCGCAUCUAUGUUUACUUGCUGCAGAAUCUCAACUCGGAUCUGCUGCAGUUCAAGAUGCACGCACUGCUGCAGCUGAGUUUCCAGGACAAGCGACUCGCCUACAAGGAGUUCGCGCCGGAGCGGCGGGAAACGAUCCUGGGCCAGAAGCAUUUGAGCGAACGACUCUGGCUGCCGCACAUAUUCUUUGCCAACGAACGAGAGUCCAGCAUAUUGGGCACCGACGAGAAGGACGUGCUGACGUCCAUAUCAAGGGAUGGCAAUGUGAUCAUCUCGACACGCAUUCAAGCCUCGCUCUACUGCUGGAUGAACUUCAAGAAGUUUCCAUUCGAUCAGCAAUACUGUUCCACGGUGCUGGAGAGCUGGAUGUACAACACUUCCGACUUAAUUCUGGAGUGGGAGGAUCGUGCGCCUAUAUCCUUCGAUCCCGAUAUGCGACUCACUGAGUACAAUCUGGGUCAGUAUUGGCAUAACACCUCCGUUGUGCUCUCCGAUGAGGUCAAUAUGCGCCAUGGUGCCUUCCAGGGAAACUAUAGCUCGCUUAGCUACACAGUUAAUUUGCAGCGUGAGAUUGGCUUCUAUCUGCUGGACUACUAUCUGCCGUCCAUGAUGAUUGUGGCCAUCUCAUGGGUGUCCUUCUGGCUGCAAGCUGAUGCGUCACCUCCACGUAUUAUGCUGGGCACCAGCACCAUGUUGUCCUUCAUCACGUUGUCCUCGUCGCAGAGCAAAACCUUGCCGAAGGUCAGCUAUAUUAAGGUAUCGGAGGUGUGGUUCAUUGGCUGCACCUUCUUCAUCUUCGGCAGCCUGGUGGAGUUCGCUUUUGUGAAUACGAUAUGGCGACGCAAGGAGAAUAUUGAGCUGAAGAAAGUGAACAGUAAAUAUAUUAUAAAAUCCACUCUAACGCCACGCCCAUCACGGCGCCAAAUGGGCGGCAGCUUAAGCAACGAGUCAAGAGCGCGCUCCUGCUCCAGCUUAGACAACAUUGUAUCCAGCACGGAGAGCGUGCGCAAUGGCAAUGGCACAGUGAAUCCAGGCUUCAACAACUAUCUAACAGUUCACCCUAACCUGCCCAUCAUACGCACCGAAUGCGCUGAUACGCUAUCCGUGUGCAGCGCGCGCUCCACCAAUGAUCACAUUGUGGACAUCGAAAAGGACAAGGACAAAGAGAAGGAGAAGGAUUCGACCACAUUUACAACCAUGACGCCGCAAGAGAUUGCCAUGUGGAUCGACAGACGAUCGCGCCUGCUCUUCCCUGGCAUGUUUUUGGCUUUUAAUGCGCUCUACUGGAUUUUCGUGUAUUGUUUUUAAGCA